UACAAAAUAAAGGCAUCAUUUUCAGCAUAGAGUGGCCCCAUCACCCAAACACACACAAACGAUAAUGGCGGUGUCGGCAUGGAUGGUAGUCGCAAUGAAGACACUGUUUAGCAUAUUAGCUUGUGUGAUGUUUGCUACGCUUUUAUGGGCAACUGCCAUGGAUGGCCUCGCUUCUUGUAUCGACCUACGGGAUAAGUGGCUUGUAGCGGCACUCGUAAACUUUUACAUAAAUUUUGCGUUUAUAGGGGCUUGGAUUGUCUACAAGGAAUCAAGUUUGAUCAAGGCAGUUAUUUUAAUAUCGAUAGCAAUUAUUGUCGGAAGUGUUGUUACAUGUGGAUACAUCGCUUUGCAGUUCUUCAAAUUGUCACGUGAAGAAUCUUCAAAGGAUCCAUUAUAUUUUGUGUUAGUGAGACAUCAAAAAAAGGAUGCCUUGGAACACAUGAGGGGACCUUCUGUUGUAACUGCAAGAGUAAUCAUUUCUUCAUUAGGGUUCUUGAUCCUUGGAACUUUUAUUUAUACAUUUGUUGUUUAUGGAUCUCCAAUCCGUGUCUCAACGUGUAUGAUAGCAGUAGUGAUUGACUUCUAUUUCCAUGUUGUGGCUUUAUCGGUGUGGGUGGCAUAUAAGGAAUCAAGUUGGAUAAGUGCUUUCUUUUGGAUACUUUCACUUGUAUGUUGUGGGAGCAUUGCUACAUGUGUAUACAUAGUGAAGCAGUUGUUCUACCUCUCCCCUGAGCAGCCUGUUUCCCUUGUACUUGUCAACAAUAGUAACAGAAACUUGCUUACAAGCGAUCCAUUAUUGAUGGCUAAUACCAAUGCAUAAGUACAUUAUUGCAAGAAUUUGCUUUCUUCUAAAUGUAUCUUUUAUGAUUUCACUAUUAUCGGACCCUUUUACACUUUUGUUACUUCAGUUUGGACAAUUUUAUCCUUUGAACCAUUAA